AGCUGGAGUUGUACACUUUGAGAAUAAAAUUUGGGAAUCUAGGUUUACAAGAACAUCGUGUGUGUGUGUGUGUGUGUGUGUGUGUGUGUGUGCACGCGCAAGCGAUAAUGUGAUUGAGGUCAGAAAGAGAGUUACUACCCAGUAGCAUCCAAACAUCCAAGAGCUCAUUAAAGGCUGGGCAGAACAAGCAGUACAACUAGCUUAUGAACUGUGUAGGGUUGUGAAACAGUGAGCAACUGACAAAUGGGAGUAGGGUAUUUGGGGACCUGGGGAUUUGCGCAUGGCACCAUUUAAGAGUGUGGGGGUGAAAGAGUUUAUCGAAGGGGCAAUGGAUGAUAUGUGCCCAGGGCAGUACUGGAAUUGCCUGGUCGCCUCCCUGGCUCCACCAUCUCUAGCAUUCCGGCCUCGCGCCUCCUCCACCCCCACGCUUGCAGCCGCAGGGAACUGCCCGACAGCCGCGUGACGCCUCGAGGGCGGGGCCGCACUAUUAAAAGGAGAAAGAGCCCGCGGCGCCGGCCCCAGGACUCGACCUAGGCCGCACGAGUGCCCGCUCGUCCUGUCCACGGAGUUCGCCGCGUUAGCGACGGGCUCGGGUCCACGGCGGGCACGAUGCAACUCCUGGUGAGGGUGCCUUCCCUUCCGGAGAGGGGCGAGCUGGACUGCAACAUCUGCUACCGAUCCUUCAACCUCGGUGGCCGCGCACCCCGCCGCCUGCCCGGCACGGCGCGCGCCCGCUGCGGCCACACACUGUGCACCGCCUGCCUGAGCGAGCUCGCUGCGCGCGGAGAGGGCAGUGGGGCGGCCGCGCGCGUGGUGCGCCUGCGCCGCGUCAUCACGUGCCCCUUCUGCCGAGCGCCCACCCCUCUUCCUCGCGGCGGCGUCACGGAGGUCGCUCUCGACACAGACCUGUGGUUACGAUUGGAAGAAAAAGCCCGCGCUGACCGCGAACGAGAAGAGGCGGGGAUCCCGGCCAAGGAAAGCUGCGACGCCGAUGGAGAGGCAAACGGAGAACAGGAGUGCGAGAGGGGAGCGGGGCCUAGAAGCGCGGGAUGGCGCGCGCUCCGGCGGCUCUGGGACCGGCUCCUGUUGCCUGCGCGCCGCUGGCGGCGUCCGCUGCCUAGCAACGUGCUGUACUGUCCAGAGAUCAAGGACUUUGCCCACAUGACCCGGUGCACGCUGUAACUGAGGAAGAUCGAAGCUAUAGCAGAAAGGUGGGAGCUGCAGCCUCAGGCGCGCUUUAGUAGAGCGUCUGAAGUCACGACUACACCCUCCCCUACCCUGGGAUUGGAGUGUGAUGAGGGAGUUGAGCCGAGGGCUGGAGGAACGCCCUGGGAGGUGCUGAUGCUAAGCUGGAGAGGGCCCUAGAUAAACUCGCCCCCACGUACUGAUGGUGCCAGCACCAUCAAGAUGGAGUAGUCCAGAGAUAAUGUAAACAAAGCCUACGUUAUAGUAGGAAGAAAACAGGCUGUUUGAUUUGGCUUCUGUCCAGGGCGCCUGUGGAAUGUGGGAGCAAUAGAUCUCAUUUUAGCAGUUGUCAAUGGUUUGAAAUUGUUAAAAAAAAUGGAAGUCAUAAGAAAAAAGAUGGAAGUCAUGUUAAUCUCUUCUCUGGCAUGUAAGGACACUGGUAUGCCUACUGUCUCCCAGUCCCAGUUGUUUUCCAGAAAUUACUGAGAUGCCUCCCUGUUUUGAUUAGGGGCCUUGCUUCAUUUCUCAAUCUCUCUUCAGCCUGCUAGUGCAGGUAUCAGAAGGUCCACUGGACAUUUAUAUGAGGCACCGAAUUAAGGCUUAUCAAGAACAGGAGGAGGCCAGGCCGGGAAUGUAGCUCAGCGGCACAGCACCUGCCUGGCAAGUGCAAGGUCAUGAGUUCAAUUCCCGGUACCAAAAAAAAAAAAAGAAUGGAAGGAGACCCAUUUGGUGAAGGCAUCACCAUUUGAAUUUUUGAUAUUAUCUAUAUUAUCUUCACAAGGACACUCUGGCACUACUGGAAAAAUAUGCUUAUAUCAUUUUAAACUUGUGUCCUACAAUGGGACACCAUCUGUUGUACGUCAUGAAUUGCUUAGAGCCAUAGUCAGGAACUAGCACUGGUGUCACUGGGAGCUUGUUUGAAGUAGAACUUCAGGAUCCCAUUCUACACUUAGUCAGACUGCACUUUUAACAAUCCCAGUGAGUCAUGUGCAUACAAGUUUAAGGAGCACUAGUCUGGAUCCUAGAUGCUCUAUGAUGUCACCAUUUGUAGGUAUAAUAUUUACAGCAUGUUAUACUAUCUUACUGAAAGUUCCAGAGUGACAGUCUAGUGAAGAAAACUUACACUUUUCUGAGUUAAAAAUGUGAAUUUCACUAUAGACCUCAAUUUGUUAGGGGUCUCCAAGGUUUAUUUUUGAAUGAUAGACCAUAAAUGUAUCCAUUUUAGGGUAUAAACAUCAAUUUGAAAAUCAUACUUUUGCUAUUUUCCUUAAGUCUUAAUUUAUCUUCCCUUUUGAGAGCCCCUUUCCCUACCCUCUAUAACACAUAAUGUCUGGUUUUAUUUGUACUGCUUUUACUUCCUGGUAUUUCAUGUUUUGUGAUUGUCCCAAUUCUGUGAGAGCAAUGACGUGUUUUUAUCUCCAGGCCCAACAGCAGUUGUAUAGCAUACACUCAAUAAAUAUUUGUUGGAUUUAUCUCUUUUUUAAUAUAACCUCAA